AAGAACGGAAAAAAUAAAAAAAAUAAAUGCACUAUUUCGUGCCCCCAUUUCCCAGCAACCCAACCCUAACCCUAAAUUGAAGAUGACUUCUGGCUCUUUCCUCGCCGCCAUCAACAUCAUCUUCAUCCCUUCCUUUCCUCCAAUCUACUUUUCAACGCUUUCUCUUCUUCAACACUUGCUCCAGGUUCAUCCUUCCUUCGAUGGCCUGGACGGCGAUGGAAACUCGGCAUUGAGGCAACAGGAGCUGGCGGCGACUAGAUGCAGAGGUGAUACAACAGCAACGACGAGAUGAGGGCGCUCAGGGAAGUCGGGGUCGUCGAUUUCCCCUGCUCGUCGAUUCUAGCGACUUCCCGGCUUCCACUUCCAGAUCAGUGUGCCGAGUCCAGGAACUCAACGAUUGACUCGCUCCUUCGUCUUCUCGGGGAGGACAACAAGGAUGAUGUGCGAUUCGAAGGGUGGAAGGAUAUGGACGGCGGAGGAGAGGGACUGUGGAGGUGGGUGUGGCCGAGGAGGAAGUGGUUCUUCUUCGAUGCCUCAAAUCCAGGGCCUAGACAAACAACAAUGAAGGAGAAUCGAGCGCCAGGCGAUAGGGAAGGAGAAUCGAUCACCUCUUCUGCUUUCGACGCCGACAUGGGGUCGACGGAUCCGGUUUCACUGGCGGAUGCGGGAGAAGAGGUCGCCGGUGUGUUUGAUGAGAUUCAUUUUGCUUUGAUUUAUGAUGUUCUUACGGUUGAUGGCUAGAGAUUGAUAAUGUAUUCUUGUUUUGAUUUGGGAAGUUAUGGAGGUGGUAGAGCUUGAUUAUAUUGGGAAAAACAGAUCCGCAUAGAGAGACGAAAAGGAAAGGGAAGAUCACAUGGGGAGAAAGUAAUAAUUAUUUUAUUUUUAUAAUUGAAAUUAAAUUUUUUAUGAAAACUCUUAAAAUAUUAAUUAAAAUGACACGUGUCAUCUGCAUGUCACCAACUGCUGAGUUGUCGCUGGCAUGGGUGCUGAGUUGUCAUCUUAGUCAACAUUUCGUUUAGAUAACUGACGAUGACAUUAACACCGUCAAAGUUUGUAACGAAAUUGUCUAGAUUUGUCAUAAGAACAUUGAAAUUGUGGCUAUUUUUGGUAUUUCUCCAAAUGUGGCUAUUAUUGUCACAAAAUUGAAAGUUUUGGCUAUACAUAUUUAUUUUGGCUAUUGUUUUUUUAGAAGAAACACCAAAAAAACCUUAUAUUGUAUGUUGUGAUCAUCAUUCCUUCAUGUUGCAUUUAGCCAGCACUAUUACUACAAUCAUGCAAUAAGUUCGUUUUAUGUAUAUAUAUGUACGAGCACUUCUACUACGCUAUAUAGUAUUGGUGCUUUAAUGUACAACUUAAAGUUGUACCAUAACAUUAAAUGUAUAAGUUUAGG